CCUAGCUUAUAAAUACCCUGUAUAGUCCGCACAGUUCUAUCUACAAUAGUUUCUUAUCUUGUCUUCUCCUAAAAUUGUAGGAAUAAUAUUUUGUAAGAGUUUCAAAGUUGUUCUAAUGGCAAAGUUCCAUCUGCUCUUAUUUUCUUUAUUCACUCUUGCACUGGUGAAACUGGGAAGCUCUGCUCCUGCAUCAAUUUCUCCAGAAGCUUACUGGAAGCUUAAGCUGCCUUACACUCCCAUGCUCCAAUCUAUCAAGAACAUACUGCCCUCAACUGGAGCUGAAUCAACAAAUAUGCCACUUAAAGGAAGUACAAAAGAAACAUUUGCAUCUACCAAUGGCUACAUUGGUUUGUUAUCUUACGGUAAUAAAAAAGAAUUAGCAUCCACCAACGGCUACAUUGGUUUGUUAUCUUACGAUAAUAAAAAAGGAUUAGCUUCUACCAAUGGCUAUAUUGGUUUGUUAUCUUACGAUAAUAAAAAAGGAUUAGCUUCUACCAAUGGCUACAUUGGUUUGUUAUCUUACGAUAAUAAAAAAGGAUUAGCAUCUACCAAUGGCUAUAUUGGUUUGUUAUCUUACAAUGCACAACCUGUCAAUACCAAAGAGUCCGUCCAUGUUGAUGAUAAUGCUAAUAGUGUAACCAAAGAUCAAGUUUUCUUUGUAGAGAAAAACCUUCGCUUUGGUGCAAAAAUGACCUUGCACUUUCAAAGGAGCAUAAAAAAGGGUUUCUUCCUACCUCGCGAGCUCUCCAAGAAGAUCCCUUUCUCAUCUAAAAAGAUACCCGAAACUCUCCAAAUUCUUUCCUUGGACCCUAAAUCGAAUGAGGCUUAUGUUCUCUCGAAGAGAAUCGAGCUUUGUGAGGAGCCUACAAUCGAAGGAGUCGAGAAGAAAUGUGUGACCUCACUCGAGUCCAUGGUAGACUACGUUAUCUCCAUGAUUGGUACUAAUGUGAAAGCACUUACAACACAAGUAAAGAAAGACGCGAAAAUGGAGUACACAAUCGAUGGGGUGAAAAAACUAGUUAAAAAUGAUCGUGAGACCGUAGUUUGCCACAAGAUGGGCUACCCUUACGCCGUGUUUUUCUGCCAUAGGACAAAGACGUUAAGGUCUUACAUGGUGUCCUUAGUAGGAAAAGAUGGUAGCAAAAUAGAGGCAGUUGCUGCGUGUCACAAGGAAACAAAUGGUUUCUUGGACAAUUACGCGAAAAAUGUUCUUAAAGUUGUGCCGGGAAGUACGCAUAUUUGCCAUUUCCCGGCUGCUGAGGAUACCGUUAUAUGGGUGCCUAAGUGACAAAUUCGCGUACAAAUGUACAAUGGUACACGUAUGAGCUUGUUAGUGUUGAUGAUGUUAUGUGAUCUUAGAAGUUGCUUUAUAUUCAACCUUUGUUCAUUGAUAUAAUAAAUAAGUUGUGGAUUGAAUUUGAAAGAUCGAGCAUGUCAAGUAUAGUAGGCAUUAUAUUGUGCCGCCUCCUCAACAAAGCUAUGCAAAUUCAUCUUACUUCUCUUUAAUUACCAUUUAGUGUAACGUUUGCAAUAUAAUGUAGCUCUACUACUGCUUGUAAUAUGGAGUGUAAAUGUACUACUGUGUAUGUAAUAUUGUAUGCAUGGUUGUGUAUCCAAGCACCUUGAUUAAUUUUCAAAAUAGAUUUUGUUUCUCAUUA